CAACGUACUUUAAGCAAAUCCCCUACUUGCUUCCAGCCAAUCACUAACUCGAUGAUGUCUGUGCCGAUCUCGCUCCCACUGUCGUUUCCUGCCCUUUACACAGCCCAAAGUAUUACUCUUAUUCUCUCGCUAGCGGCGAAAAUCCCUUCCUCCUGCAAUCUUACUUAAAUCACAUCAUUACUCACAGGAGAGAACAGUCCGUUCAAAUCACACAGCUAACAUCAAAGUACAACUAAGGACCGCCCAAAGCUUAGCAACCUCAUACACAUUAGUCUUCAACAGGUAACAGCCACAGCCAGAUUAUCCGAACCAUGUCCACAUCUUCAGAUACCCCGUAUGCGGAACUUGAACAGUUCAAUUUUACUGGAGGUUUACCCUCCUCCACCGAUCUGGCCCCUUCUAUAAUUUUCAUCAUAGCUUAUGGCCUCCUUUUACCUCUUCUCUUAUGGCGCAUCAUCACGAAACAAUAUCGCACGACCAUCCUCAUCCGUCCUGCAGUUUUCGUCCUCUGUCGACUUGGCUCUUUAGGACUCCGGGCGUACAUGUCAAAGAAUGUCUAUGGUGAGGGCGAGCUCAUUGCCGAACUGGUCAUGAUAUCUGUUGGACCCCUUUUCCUCAUCGAACCAAUCAUUUCAUGUUGGAGACUCCAUAUCGAGUCGGAUGUUCCUAAGGCAGAUCAACCCAGAUGGGUGAGAUUGCUAUCAAUAAUCCUUCGCGUUGGCCUUUUCGCCGCCAUCAUCACAGCUAUCGUAGGCUCCUCCCUCAUUGGAAAUGCUAUCAUGGAUUCCAGCAUGAUGAAUACCGUGAACUCACUGCGGAGGGCUAGCAUGAUUCUUUCUAUGGUUGUUGUUGCUGUCGGCUUUGUGGCAACAUUCCUCACCCAACUGCACUUCUCUCUCACGCUUCGUAGCACUAUAUGGCUUUACUGCCUGGAGGCCUGUAUGAUAAUAGUGACCGUCUAUAAGAUUGCGCAAUUUGAGUCGAGCGAUCCUGAUGCGGCCGCUCGAUCACAAGUCACCUUUUGGGUGUUACAGGUUUUCUUUGAAUUAAUCGCCUUUAUUCUCAUUGUUGCCAUUCCCAUCCCGCAAUGGUUCCCGGGUUCCAGCAAAAAUGUUGACUCUCACGCUCGGGAUAUGGAAAUGUGUUCAAAACGUUCUGUGUUUUCUGUACAAAAUAAUAAGUCAGACUCAGCGGUCUGAUCUCGUUUUUCGUUUUUCAUUGAUGCUGUUUGGGGCAGAUCCUUGAAGGUCAGCUAUAGAGAUCGUUAUUACUUGAAAAACAUGACAAGUAUCUUCCAAUAUUGAAUAUCCCAGGCAAAACGGAUGCAUCUUCAGGAUCAGGUUAUUUGGGAUAGUGGAUCAUGAAUGUACAAUUUUUUUAAA